AAAUUGACUCGAUCUCUCGAAUCAUCAACCCCUUUGCGCAAGGGUGAAUGCGAUGCUGUCAAAUUACGUCCCCCAAAUGGUUGCAAAAUUUGUCGCCGAUCUUAACGAAAACCCUCAUGCCAUUGCAAGCGAAGGUGCGAUAAAUCAAUAUGAAUUUUCCGCCAUUCGGCGGUCACUUUUCUACAUCUGUGCCGACCAUUCAUCAAUUUGCGGCUAAAUUCGCACAAAACCACGAACCGGCACCUUUGGGGAUAGUGCAAGAAUGCAGCAACCGUUACACGGCCAACGGGGUGCCUUCUUUUACCCAACACCACCACGCCACUCAGCAGUCACCGAUACCGACAAAAUGCAAUGGAAAUUAUUUAAACAGUAGAGCCAUGUACGGCUCUAAGACGCCAGAGGUUACCCAAGAACUGUGCAAUGUUUUGCUACAAAAUCAACAUGAUAAAGUUGAUAUUGGUGAAAAGGGUAAAAUGUUAGAAGAGCCCAGGCUCACCAGUCUUCACCACGACACUCAGAAUCAACAGCAACCAUGGCAAUCAAGCUCUUCGGUGGUGGACUACCUGUCCCAGUUACCUACAUCGACUUUGCCACUAACUUUGCACCACUUUCUGAAAUACUCCGCAGAGUCUCUGAAAAAAGAGACGGUUCAGCAUUUAAACGAGCCAACCAUGAUGGCCCACAACGUCAAUAUUGGCAACGGUGCCCCGUUAAACGACGGACAAAACUCAAACUGUCCACCCAACAGUUUCACCAAUUUGAGCACCAUUAAUACAGCUCACUUGCACAGCCAUCCCUCCACCACCAAGAAAAAGAAGAAGAAGAAACCUGACCACGAGAAAAAGAUCAAACCCAAACCAGGGGAAAUAAGAUUGACUACCGCUUUGGACGGCUCCACACUGUACUGCUGUCCGGAAUGUCACAUGGCUUAUCCUGAAAAGGAACUGCUCGAGCAGCACUUAGUGGGUCACACUUUGGAAAGAAGGUUCGUUUGCGAUAUCUGUGGGGCUGGAUUGAAACGCAAAGAUCACCUGACCAGACAUAAGCAGUCUCACAACCCGGAACGACCCUACGUAUGUACUGUGUGCCUCAAGGCAUUCAAGCGUAAGGAGCAACUGACUCUACAUUUUGUCAUUCACUCGGGCGAAAAAAGGCACAUCUGCAGCGAAUGUGGCAAAGGGUUCUACAGAAAAGACCACUUGCGAAAGCACACUAGGUCACAUAUUGCCCGUAGGGUGAAGGCUGAGUUGUCCCAGCAGGGCAAUGGCGACCAGAACCACGGCCUGCAGCCGGUGGGUGCCGUUUUGCAUUAAUUAUUAAUGGCUACCCACCACCGCAAAAAACUAGUCACCGCGUCUGGAGUAACUAAGAUUGUAUUUUUUUUUAACUGUCAAAAGUCAAAACCUUCCGUUUGUGUGCCCUUCAUAUUCUUAAUGCACCGCCAUAUUCACAAUUUUGGUUCCUAUCUUUUGAGUUGGUGAAUGAUGAUUAAUUCGAGCCAACUGGCAUUGAUCGAACCGUGGUUACUCCGGUCGUCGCGACCUUGAAAGAUACCAAAGUAAGGAUUCUACUGUUUAAUGGUUUCAAAAUUUUGAAGACACUUUUUCCGGGCUGUGAUGUAAAACAAGUUAGGGUUGUAAAUAAUUAGGCAUAAAAUGUCUGCGUUUGGAUAAACCUAAGAAAAAAAUCUGUAGAUAAUAAAAAAUUCUAUUGGACGGUAGAAUUCGCAAUUGGGCAUUUUGUGCGGAUCAUGGGGCACUACGUGCGGUGCAGGUUUGUAUAGCAAAAGAUGAUUUUAUCCAGAAUCGAGGCAGCAUGACGACUUAUUCGUUUAUAAAAUUAAAAUGAAGGAGACUACCUCAGAUUUUUUAUAUUGUGAUACAAAUUUCCUAGUAUUCUGGUUCUAGAUUCGUUCGACAAUUGCAUGGUACAAAACGUAGUUUUUUUUUUGUUUAGCGCCCAUUUGUAUUCUGUGAACACACAAAAAGUACAAAUGUUAAGUCAAAAUAAUCUAAAUGUGUAAACGAAAGGAAACGCAAUAAAAUUUCGAUUUCUAUCUAGUCGGCAGGAUCCUGGUAGACGUUAUAUUUAUCUAGAAGUUCCCAAUAAGCAAUCUAAAUAUUCGGCAAACGUGUUUUUCGAGAAAACUGCAAUAAAAGAAAGCGUUGCACUUUUCGCAACACCUAGACGUUUAUAAAAGUUUUAUAAAGAUUUUGUAAAUUGCAGUGAAAUAUCGAUAGGCUAGUGUUUCGCUGACAUUUGAAGCUAUAUAUUUUCGUGUAGUAUUCGGGUGUAACUUGGCCGUGACGAACUUUUCCCAACCAUGUUUUCGGCUUUUUCGCUGCUUAUAAUAUGGUAUGUGAUAUAUCGUCGGUGGUGUUCGUGUGCGUGCGUGUUUGUCCGAUUGACCGGUUAGUUUGGGUAAAGACAAUCCUAAAUUUUUUAUAUAAAAAAAAACAUCGUGGAUGCUCGCUUGAUAUUUUUACGGCUUCAUGUAACAACGCCUUCACUUUAAUUACAAUACAAUGUAACCUUUACCGUGUUUUAUUUCGUCCCCAUGCUCCAUGGUUACCAUUUAAGUUAGCUGCCUCAAAAUCCCAAGAAAUUUUAAACGUGUUAAAUAACUGGAUUGAUAAUUGGCAAUGCAGCGAAAGCAUUUUUAAACUAAAUUCCUUUGCUAACCCUAUUUUGCCUGUCCUUUCGAUGCCGCUUGGAAAAAGUAACCUUAAAUUUUACUGUCCCGAGGAGCUUUUUGGGCCACUUAGUCUGGCAAUAUUUUUGUUCAUUAUUUAAAACCUACACACGUGAUAAGGCAUAACAUUUUCACUGAUUAAAAUUGUUAAUAAUUGCAUAUUACACAUUGAGUUUCAAAAAUAGUCAAUUUGCUUUUAUUUUGGUGGUCUACAAUUGUCACCUUUUAAAGGUUCUUAUUUUACGUUUCUUUUUUAUUCCUUCUAAAAACUCCACAACACACAUCCACAACAUCUGAUUGGGUCGUUAUUUGAUCCCUAAGGGACCAUUUAAAUUUUCCUAGUUAUUUGUUAAACACAAUUUUCUAGCAAUUAUUUGUUAGAAAAUUGUGUUUAUCGCAACGGGAAAUGUAAUUCAAGAAGCAAAAGACAAUCCCAGGGAUUGCGUCGAAGACGAAACGGAUAUUUAGAUCCCGCAAACGCAGAUUAAUUGGAGCAAAUAAUUACAACAAUUAACGAAUGGUCGUACCAAAUGACAAUUGAUCAACCUCUUGUUUUGUUAAUCUGUGCUUUAUUUUACGGUUUCUUGCGAAUUUUUAUUCAUUUGCUGUUUUAAAAGUGCUUUCGAAUUUUGGUUGCUAGUCAUUGCCACCAAAUGAAAUUUGUAUACGUGCUCUUGGUCUUAAUGCAAAGAACCGAAUAUAAAAAUGAUUAAUCUUUCAGGACGGUGAAAAUACUCCGAGCAAAGAGAUUUACGUCCGACUUAUCUGAUCGCAAUUACAUUUACUUUAGAGCAAAAAGAUUGAUGCCGCGUAUAUAACGAAUGCAUCUAAACUCUAUAGCUACUAGAGAUAGAUAUACGGCCCUGCCUUUGCUGAUAACACAGGAACUUCAGAAGGGCAAUAUUGCAAACAAACUCCAACGUAUUGUGGCAGUUAUCAAAUGAAACCGUUUUAUUAAACAGGUACGCCUUCAUCCAUACAAAAUUCACACGGAAGAGAGGUCGAACAUACACGCAACAACAAAACGACGGCGGGCAAGCAAUUUUUACCCAUAUAUAGAGAGUAGUAAUUAAAACCGGUGAUGUCUCGGGAGGUCGCGAGGAAAUUUAACGACGGAAAAACCAGCGUCGACGCAAAAAACGGUAAUGGAAGAAGCGCCUCGCCGAUUAAAUUUUCCCGAGACCACCCGCACCACUGUCGACAAAUAUCAUUACAAGAACUACAGACUUCCGUAGUCUAAAAACCUGAUAAAAGUAAAAAAAAACAAACAAAAAAAA